UCAUCGUCCAGCCCAUCGUCCAGCUCAUCGCCCAGCCCAUCGCCCAGCCCCGUCCUCUGCUGCUCUGUCGCAAUGGCCCCUCACCUCUCGAGCUCUGGAAAGAAAGAAUCCGCCACCGCCCGUUUCCUCGGCGCUGGCUGCUCCGGUGUCCUGGAGCUUCUCUGCUUCCAUCCUGUCGACACCGUCGCCAAGCGUCUGAUGAACAACCAGCAAAAGGUCUUCACCAGCGGCCAGUCGUUUGCUGAGAGCUCGGCCAUCUUGAACAAGGUCAUCUUCAAGGAUGCUGCCGCCAAGAGCGGGUUCUCCAAGUACAUCUCUCUGUUCCCGGGACUGGGCUAUGCUGCCGGCUACAAGGUCAUGCAGCGUGUCUACAAGUUCGGCGGCCAGCCCUUUGUCAAUGACUACCUGAACAAGAACCAUAAAGGUGUCUUCCAGGAGACCUUUGGCGAUCGCUAUGCCAAGGCCGUCAUGCACGCCACCGCUGGCAGCUUGAUCGGCAUCGGUGAGAUUGUUCUCCUGCCCCUCGAUGUCCUCAAGAUCAAGAUGCAGACCAACCCCCAGAUCUUCCAGGGCAAGGGCCUGUUCCAGGUCUUCUACGAUGAGGGCUUCGGCCUGUACCGCGGCGCUACCUGGACUGCUGCCCGUAACGCCCCCGGCUCCUUUGCCCUGUUUGGCGCCUCCGCCGUCACCAAGGAGUACGUUUUCGGACUCGAGGAUUACAGCAAGGCCACUUUCGUCCAAAACUUCUGCUCCUCGAUCGCCGGCGCCGUCGCCAGUAUCACCGUCUCUGCUCCCCUCGAUGUCGUCAAGACCCGUAUCCAGGCCCGCUCCAAGGACCAGGUCGAGGCCGGAUGGACCAUCGUUGGAAAGAUGAUCCGCAACGAAGGCCUUGGCUCCUUCUUCAAGGGCCUUACCCCCAAGAUCCUUAUUGUCGGUCCCAAGUUGGUGUUCAGCUUCACCAUCGCCCAGCAGCUCAUUCCCCUCUUCGGCAAGCUCUUGGACGGCGACCGCACCACCGCCUAAUUGGCCCAUCUGUGUCCGGGCCUGAUGGCCAUCGACGUAUCCGAUUUGCCCCCUGCUCUGCGCCCAUUUCUAGACGAGCCCACUCCUGCCCGGAGGGCUCAUGUCCUAAUUUCACCAUUUUUCUCUCCCAUCAUAUUUUGGAUGCCUUUGUUUUUGCUGCCCACCCACAUAUCACCGCCGCACUCCCUCUCGCCAGCAAACAUGGAUUGUAUGCACCAU